GCGUGUACGACGUGUAUUUGAGAAUCUGAAGGUCCCCGUUGGCGAGUGGGCCGAUUUCGCGGUCAUGCUUCUGCAGAAUAAUGCAUACGAGUGGUGGAAGCGCACUACUCGAAAUUCGAAUCAUCCCGCAAAAGUGACGUGGGUGUACUUCGAACAAGUGUUCAAAGAGGAGUAUAUUCCCGAGUCGUUUGUGGAAGAGAAACGAGAAGAGUUUCUACAUCUGGAGAUGGGUACGAUGAGUCUUCCUGAGUAUCGUCAGUUGUUCGAUCAUCUCGCUGAGUUUGGCCAGGAUUUGGUGAACACCACCAAACGUCAUUGCGAUAAGUUUGUGAAUGGCAUGCGCCCGAAACUUCAGAAGCACAUGUCUACUGCAUCUAGGCAAGAUUUUGGAGUCAUGUACGAGCAAGCAAAAGAGGUUGUUAGAACAAAGGAAGGAUUGAAGCUGAACACUGAGCAAAAGCCAACUAAGACCUCCACACAAGCAGCUGGCACCAGCAAGGUCUUUCAUGCGAAAAGGUCUCAGAGCAAAUCUGAAAUCCAAACAUCAAAGAAAGCCAAAUCGAUGCCUACUCAAUCUGUUGCCUCGACUAGCAAAGGGAAACAACCUAGGCAUCCCUUGUGUACCCAUUGCAAUCGCUAUCAUCCAGGAGAGUGCUGGUGGAUGCUAGGACUGUGUAUGGGAUGCGGACAAGCUGACCAUCAAAGGAAGAACUGCCCUACAAAUCCAGGUCCUGCAUUUUCUACCACCCAUGCCCCGAACCAGUCACAAAUAGCAGGUCCAGCUCAGAGUCAACGUACGACAGCAGGAUCUCAUGUGCAACGACCUCAGCAGCAACGACCGCCGCAAGCUGCGACACAACAUGCCAGAGCUCCCGCUAGGACAUAUGCUAUGCGUGGGCAAAUCGAUCCUAAUCCAGAUGCAGACCACGUAAUUUGUUCUAUUCGUCUCUGUUGUUCUUUUCUUCUGUUCAUUGUCUUCCUGCUCUGUUUAUUUCUCGCUGCUUCUCUGUUCUCUUGGAUUGCCGCUAUGUACGUUGUUCGCUGCCCUAGGGUGAUGUUGGCUCUGGGGUUGCCGAAUGCGCCGUUGCACUACCGUGAUGCUGCCGGAAUCUUGCCGCCAUAGCUACUGAUGUUGAGGAUGACGCCGCUGCUUUUAAUGAGUCUCCUCCAUGGUUGCAACGACCUGGGGGAUUACUCUCUUAAAAUUGUAUGCUUAAUUGACUAUUAAAUUGACACUUUAUUGGGGGCAGUGCUUCAGGAGUUUGGGCGCAGGGUGGGAUGACAUUAUAUUAUAAUUCUAUUAUAAUUCUUUUGGGUUAUGGUGUUGAAUUUCAUGACCACAAUCGUGGAAUAGACCACCUGGUAUAUCUGGGAGGUUGAGAAUUGAAUUAUACGGAUAAGGAUUAGGAUUUAGGCCUGGUGGGGCGAGCUUCGCAUAACUCACAGGUCUUGGGUUAAAAACGUACGUACGGGAGUCAUUAGCCUACCUAGGGAUUCCUUUGUAGGGGCUCCAACCCGCCCAUUGAGGAUUCUCUUUGGGUUUCAUCAAGCGUGGCCUCGGGGGAUCCGUCCGAGUGUCCAUGGCUUAGUUAGUCA